AUGGACCGUAACUUUUCAAUCUUAUUUGAAAAUACUGAUGACGAGGAGGAGGAAUUUCAGGGAUUUACAGAGGAAGAUGUAGAACGGGCCACUAAACAUGCUCGGAAAAAAUAUCAAAAGUUCAAAGCGAUAACAUUGCGAUAUGAUGGUGAAAAGGAUAGAAAAUCUGUUGAAGAAGAGGAAUGUUGCAGGAAAUAUCAUGAUAUGGAAUAUUGCAAAUUUAAUAAUAAGGAAAGUAAACUAAACCAGAAAACCAAAUACAUGUGCAAGCCUACAUCUGCAGAAUUUUCUGAAAACCGAAAUAAAGAAUGCGACGAAGAUUGUUUGAAAUCGUGGAUUUUUAGAGAUACGGAUGAUGAAGAUGAAGAAUUUGAGGGUUUUACUGAGGAAGACUUGGAUUCAAAUGAAGAACUGAUAACGAAAAAUUGUUUGAUAAAAGAGAGAACCGACGAAGACUCAAGAAGAGCUUUAGAAAAUAGUGCAAAUAUGUGUGAAAAAUAUGAAAUGCAGAGGUUUUCAUGCUGUAGUUCGUCUGAAGGAAGAGACGAAGAUGAAGGAAUGUUUUCAGAUAGUGAAUUUAGUAGCGAAAUGGACGUGAAAUGGUAUGCCAGAGUCAUGAAAGUUUUAGAGAGCAGUAUAGAAAAUGAUGAGAAUGACGAAAAAGACCAAAGGAUCUUACGGCAGAACUUAAACAAAGUUUUUGGAAUUAAUAAAGACGAUGACAUAUUGUUGAAGAUCUUUGUUAAAAAAUAGAUUCUUGGGAGCAAUUAUUUGCCCUUUCGAGUUGCUUUAUUGUUGUGUAAAAUAAAAACUACUCAAUUUAAUAAGUGAUUUAACAAA